AUGACCAAAUGGUUAGCCCCAAAACACCAUUGGUAUAAACUGAACUUUGAUGGGUCUGCCCAAAAUACCUGCCAGGCUGGUGGUGGAAUCAUCCAUGACCACAUGGGGAACACUGUGGCAGCUUAUGCUGGCAACCUAAAGAACCAUAUUGUCACCCAGGCGGAGGGAAUGGAUCUCCUAUGGGGUCUAAAGUUUUCCAAUUCUAUUGGCAUUAAACAACUGCAAAUUGGAGGUGACUCGCAGAUUAUAGUGGAAACGGUGAGUGGGAGAUCUACUGCUGGGUGGAAAGUUGAUUCCAUUUUGAGGGAUGUCAGGAUUCUUAUGGAUAAUCUUGAUGGCUUCACCACCUGA